AUGCGUCUUCCUUCGGCUUCUUGGAUUCCUCUUGCUAUUUCUCUUGUAAUAACCAGAGGUUUCUGCUACGAUCCCGUCGAUGUAGAAGGGUACUUCCCGGCCUGGACAUCUCCUUUUGGAGACAACACCCCUAUCAAUUUUCGCCCAGGAAAACACGACCACCAAUUCUGCGGUGUAAUGAGGAGCGCAAGUGAUGCACCUUCGGACAAUUUCCCAAUAUACCGAACCUAUUGUUUCAUAGCAGGAGAUAACGCGAACAAAUGCAUGGGAGAAACUGGGUACGUUUUGCUUUGCAAGGAUUAG